GGCGGAUGAGUUUUGACUUUUGGGGUUAUGUGCAUUUAUUCCUUUUGUUGUUGAAAAUAGUGGGGUCCAAAAUGAUCAAUUUAAUGCGAAAUUUGGAAAAAUUAGCCCUAAGAAAAGUAGAAAAACAUAUACUUGCAACAUAUUCGACCGCCCCAGAAAGUAAACAUGAGGAGUUCUUAGCUUUAAAUAUUAGGGCCGGUAAAGACUCGGCACAGUUUAAGAAGACUUUGAGGAAAUCACCAAUUUUUCCCCCCAGAGAGAAACAAAUGGCAGUAAACCAAGAUUGGGGUAGUGUAUGGCCUGGUCCGCGAUCAUUUCAUCCCGCCUCUGUCCCCCUACCAGUAAGACAAGGAUAUACAAAAAAAGGGGCUCCGGCCCCAGGCAAGUAUGCCAACGCGGAACUAAUGAAAAUCCCAAAUUUUCUCCACUUAACACCUCCGGUAAUCAAGAGGCAAUGCGAAGCUCUAAAGAAAUUUUGCACUCCUUGGCCCAGUGGCCUGGAUACACAGGAAAACAUUGAAACGCAUUUCCCGAUUGAAGUCACUACCAGUGAUUAUUGCCAUAGCAGUCCGACAAUUAGAGAUCAUAUGGCAAGAAUCGUGACUGUGCGGUUUAAGGUGGCCAGUUUGGGGUUAAGUGAUAGAGCUAGGGACAAGUUUUUGAGACUUGUGGGAGAGAGAUAUAAUAAAGAAAAUGAUACUGUAACUAUUGUGACCGACAGAUGUCCAUUGAAGAAGCAAAAUUAUGAUUAUGCAAUGUAUUUGGUGACAGCUUUGUAUCAUGAAUCUAAUAAAAUUGAGCCAUGGGAAGAAUUAAAAACGGAAGCCGAUAUGGAGUACUAUGACUGGGGAACCAAUGUGUCCAAAAAGAGUAUCGAAGCUAUAUUUAAUAAAGACAGCUCAGAAAUCCCUCACAGUAUGGAAUAUUCUGCUGCUGUUGUAAGCUAUAUGAAUGAUGGUGAAGAUGAGUACACUAUUUCGAAAUAUAAAGAAGCCGUAAAGAAACUUUUGAAUUUGCCAGCCGCAAGUUGAUUUAUUAAGUAUUGUAAUUAUUGUGUAAAAUAAAUGAUGUUAAUUAAGUUGUA